UCUGGGUGUCCAAUGGUAUAAAAUUGAACCAGUCUGGAUAUAGUUCAUCCUAAUCUCUCUCUAUAUAUCUAGGCCUCGAAAGGACACCCAACAUUGCAAAUAUAUCCAUUCUCGUUAAUUCCAAUCAAAAGUCACAGAGAUCAAAAGCUAGAAUUUUAAACAGAGAAAUACAUUGGAGACCAAACCUGAGCCGAUUAUUUAACAGUUGAGAUCAUGUCUAGCCGUGUGAGCAUGGUUGGCUUGUUUUUUAUUGUUUCAGCUUUGGCAUUGGCAAUAUCAUUGCAUGGUGCUAAUGCUGCUACAACAUAUACAGUUGGAGACAGUUUAGGAUGGACCAUUCCUCCCAACAACUCUGUCGAGUUCUACGAGGACUGGGCUAACAACAAGACAUUUCAGAUUGGGGACUCUGUCUUGUUCAAAUGGAAUGGGACACACACAGCAACUGAAGUAUUCAGCGAAGAGGAAUAUGAAAAUUGCACCAAAACAGGAAUUAUAUUAGCGACAAGCGGAGUUAGUGUCCUUCUUAAUGCAAAUGGGACACGAUACUUUGUUUGCUCCGUUGGCACCCACUGCGAGCAAGGUAUGAAGGUGGAGAUCAAAGUUGGAAAUGGAAUAGCACCCCCGCCCUCUGCAGCUCCUUCCCUUCCCGUUGGUUCCUUGGCUGCUGUCAUCUCUUCCAUACUCAUCCUCUUCUUGACCAACAUUUAAGUGAAGCUCCAGGACUUUUUUUUUCCCUCUUUUUCUAUUGGAAUAAAGCUGUAUGUUAAUUUGUUGAUGAAAUAAUAAUUAUAAUAAUUCAGUAUUU